UGAAUUGAGAGUGAAUGGAAUAUUCAGACCUGAAACUGCUCUGUGCUCAGGUUGUGUAAAUGUAUGGCAGAUACCAAAGUCUGGUGCCACAGCUCCCACUCUGUGCGUGUCCAACAGCUAGCUGAGGCUGUUUCCCUCUAUAAACCACACUCUUACAAGCCAAACUGCCUUUGUGUUUCUGCUUCAUUGAUGCCAACAGGUAACAAUGCAGGUCACAAUCAGGCCUCCCAGCCAAGCUGGGAACUGAAAAGCCUCUGAGAAUCUCACCACAGAGCUGCUCCUGUGACUUCACGUGCUUCAUCACCAUGGACACCCACAGCUUACAAACACCACCAUUCCUCAGGAGAUCACAGUUUGGCUAUGAAAAUGCAGCCCAGCAAGCCAGGAUCAGCAAGCUAGAAGGUGUGAAGAUCACAGGAGCAGACAAGGUGACUUUUUUAGUGCUAUUUUAUUCAGCUGAUGAAACAAGACACCAUGAGUGCUGUGAAAAACAAGCCAGGAGAAAGCACCAAGAAGGAGAAUACAUCCACAGGAACGAGUGACAUGGGAAUGCCUGUCACAGAGAGGAAAUUGUACUUAGAGAAGGAAUGCAAGAUUCUCACCAACUAUAUAAACACAUACCUGGGAAAAGUGGAGCAGCUCCUGCAGGAAAAUAAAUGCCUAGAAAAGGAAGCCAAACAGUACCAGGAAGAGAGCAGCACUUACCUCUCUUACAUAAGGAAAUGCAAGCAGAAGUGCCAGAAUCUGAUAAUAACACUGAAUGACCAGAAUCACACCGACCUGUCUCAAGUCUGGGCCCAGAGAGAGACACUGAUCUCCCACUACACAGCAAAAGAGGAGGAGGUAAAGAGCGCUCUGACCAAUCUGGAGACAGAGUAUUCCCUUACCAUCAAGGAGCUUGAAGACCUGGAGCCUUUCAAAGACAAGGUGGAACACACGAAAAAGAUUGAAGAGCUGGAGAAAAAGUUGCUGGUCGCCAAGAUACAGCAUGCAGACGAAAUGCACCGAGUCAGGAGUGCGUUUCAGCAGGCCAAGGCUGACUGCGAGCUGCAGUUCGAUCAGAAGAUGCAGGUUCUCACCACGACGGCAGAGGAGGCAGCGAUGCAGGCGCUCCUUCAGCACAUCACAGAAGUGAGAGCAGAGAACUGGCGGCUGCGCAGGGAGCUGCGCAGGCUCAUCCAGCACGCUGCAGCCCUUAGAGAGGCCAAAGGUGAGCUGAGAGAGCAGCAGCAGCAGCUCCAGCGGGAGCUGCGGUGCGUGCAGGACGUGGCACGGCGGCGCCGCCGGCUGCAGCAGCAGAGCAUGCAGCCGUGA